UAUACUUUGCCUCCCAUUGCCAACUUUUCCUCGACCGAACCAACAAAACCCCCAAAUUCUCCUCUAUUCUCUGUCAAUUUUGUUAUAUGCACAUAAAACCCACUAAUAUUUAUUCAUUUCUUGAGAUUUUGAUUAGUUUUCUUGCGAGAAUUGAAGAGAAAAAAUGGUGAAAAACCAGAGGUAUCAUCAGUUGAGAAAAGGUGAAGUUGUGCAUGUACUUGUUGGAGAUCAUGAUCAACAAAACUCGAACGAUCUUCUUGGUUUAGUCUGUGGUCAGAUUCAGAACAAGAGGACAAGAUCAAAACCUUUGUACUUUAUUUGUCUUUCUUUUCUUUCUUGUUGCUUAAUCUUGGCACCCCAGCUGCUCACCUGUUGUCCUUCCUCGACUUUUUCUCUCCUAUAUUCAUUGGGUUUCGAAGAAGAUCAAAGACCUUCUCCUGAAGCGGAUGCAAAUGCUCCCAUUUGUUCAGCUGUUCCCAAUGGUACUAUAUGCUGUGAUAGAAGCGGCAUUCGGUCUGAUAUAUGCAUGAUGAAAGGGGAUUUGAGAACAGAUUCUGCUUCCUCAUCAAUUUUCCUCUACACAAACAAUGGCUUCAAUAAUUAUGUAUCACCGCUAUCAGAUGAUGGUAAUGGUAACGAGAUACUGCAACAUGAAAAGAUCAAGCCGUAUACUCGAAAAUGGGAAACAAGUGUGAUGAACAAUGUUGCAGAACUAGACCUCAUUGUCAAGAAGGGUAAUUCAAGCACAACUCAAAAGAAAUGUGAUGUUAGGCAUGAUGUCCCUGCAGUUUUCUUCUCAACUGGGGGCUAUACUGGGAAUGUUUAUCAUGAUAUAAAUGAUGGGAUUUUGCCUUUGUACAUCACUUCUCAGCAUUUCAAAAAGAAGGUUCAGUUUGUCAUUCUUGACUAUCAUGAUUGGUGGCUAACCAAGUAUGGUGAUGUGGUUUCGCGGCUCUCAGACUAUCCAGUGAUUAUUUUUAGUGAAGAAAAAAGAACUCAUUGCUUUCCUGAAGCAAUAGUUGGGUUGAGAAUCCACGAUGAGCUCGCAAUUGAUCCUUCAGCGAUGGAAGGAAACAAAACAAUUGUUGAUUUUCAUAGUCUUCUAGACCGAGCUUAUUGGCCAAGAAUCAGAGGACUGAUUCAGGCUGAAGAACGCGAAGCUCAGUUGAAGAUGGACAAACUUGCUUUGACACCUUCAGGAAAACAAGACUUGAAGAAGCCAAAACUGGCCAUCAUAUCCAGAAAAGGGUCAAGAGAAAUAAAAAAUGAGAAUCUGCUGGUGAAAAUGGCAGAACAAAUUGGUUUCUCAGUGAUGGUUUUGAGGCCUGAUCGAACAACAGAACUCGCGAAAUUGUAUAGAGUUCUGAAUUCAAGUGAUGUCAUGGUUGGAGUUCAUGGUGCAGCCAUGACUUAUUUUCUGUUCAUGAGGCCUGGUUCUGUUUUCAUACAGGUCAUUCCUCUGGGAACAGAUUGGGCAGCAGAAUCUUACUAUGGAGAACCGGCCAAAAAACUUGGUCUGAGGUACGUUGGAUACAAAAUCCUCCCAAGAGAAAGCUCGUUAUAUGACAAGUAUGACAAAAAUGAUGUUGUUCUAACUGAUCCAGACAAAGCUACAAAUAUGCGUUGGGACCUAACCAAGAAAAUCUAUCUUGAUCACCAAAAUAUCAAGCUGAACCUGCCCAGAUUUCGACAACGCUUGGAUCGAGCGUAUCACUGCUCCAUGGGUAAAAAGAAUAAUGAGAAUUUUCAUCUUGAUUCUCAGUAAGAUCCUAAGACAUUCUUGGCCAUUCUUUGUCAACUCUGUAAAUGAGUCAAAACCGAAAACAGGGAUUGUACCAUUGGAGAUAAAUCAUUCUUUUCUGUUACAUUAAGUAGCAAAAUAACGACCAUUCUUGCUGUACAUUCUCCAUGCUUUGUGAAGAGCUUCAAACCUUCAGUA